AUGAGCGCCCCGCACGCCCGCAUCAGCCAGAUCGCCAGCCACCUGAGCUCGCACGACCCGCGCGCCGAGGAGAGCGCCUACGCGCAGCGCGUGAAGCAGGUGGAGGCCUUCAUCAACGACGAGCGCUUCCGUUACGUCAAGCGCCCGUACGGCGCCGAGGACGUGGUGAAGCUCCAGGGCACGGUCCCCGCCGCCAACGCCGGCGCCGCCAUGUCGCGCAAGCUCUACAAGAUGCUGCGCGAGCUGCAGGCCGCCAAGAAGACGAGCCACACCUUCGGCGCGCUGGACACGAUCCAGGUCACGCAGAUGGCCAAGCACUUGUCCACGGUCUACGUGAGCGGCUGGCAGUCGUCGUCCACGGCCUCCACGUCCAACGAGCCCGGCCCGGACGUCGCCGACUACCCCAUGGACACGGUGCCCAACAAGGUGGACCAGCUCUUCCGCGCCCAGCUCUUCCACGACCGCAAGCAGUACGAGGCCCGCCGCCGCAUGACGGCCGAGGAGCGCGCGCGCACGCCGCCCACGGACUUCCUGCGCCCCAUUGUUGCUGACGCCGACACUGGCCACGGCGGUCUCACGGCCGUCAUGAAGCUGACCAAGAUGUUCAUUGAGCGCGGCGCCGCUGGCAUCCACCUCGAGGACCAGAAGCCGGGCACCAAGAAGUGCGGCCACAUGGGCGGCAAGGUGCUGGUCUCCGUGCAGGAGCACAUCCAGCGCCUGAUCGCCGCUCGCCUGCAGGCCGACAUCCUCGGCAGCCCGCUUGUCAUCGUGGCCCGCACGGACGCCGAGGCCGCCACCCUGCUGGACAACAACAUCGACCCUCGUGACCACCCCUUCAUCAUCGGUGCUACCAAUCUCAACAUCGAGUCGUACAUUGAGGCCACCCACGCCGGCCGUGAGGGUGACUGGGACAAGCGUGCCCACGCCAUGACCUAUCCGGAGGCUGUCCGCGAGGUCCUGAAGAAGUCGGGCCGCUCGGACGCCCUUGCCAAGUGGAACGCUCAGUGCCUGGAGCUGAGCCUGCCCAAGCUGCAGGCUCUGGCCAAGUCGCUGGGCGUCAACAUCAACUUCGACUGGGACCUCGCCCGUACCGUGGAGGGAUACUACCGCGUGCGUGGUGGCGUCGACUACUGCAUCGCCCGUGGCCGUGCCUACGGCGAGUACGCCGACCUGAUCUGGAUGGAGACGGCCAAGCCCGGUGUGCCUCUUGCGCGCACGUUCGCCGAGGGCGUGAAGGCCAAGAUCCCGCACCAGAUGCUGGCCUACAACCUGUCGCCGUCGUUCAACUGGGACGCCGCUGGCAUGUCCGACACGGAGAUCGAGACGUUCGUGACGGACCUGGCUCGCAUGGGCUUCUGCUGGAUGUUCAUCACGCUGGCCGGCUUCCACAGCGACUCGCUGGGCAUCACGCGCUUCGCGCGCGACUACGCCAAGCGUGGCAUGCUCGCGUACGUCGAGGGUGUGCAGCGCGCCGAGCGCAACGAGGGCGUCGAGACGCUUAAGCACCAGGGCUGGUCGGGCACUGAGCUCGUGGAUGCCAUGCAGAACACCAUCACGGGUGGACUCUCGUCGACGAACACGAUGGGGCACGGCGUCACCGAGGCUCAGUUCUAA